AUGUCCGAGCCGCAGCUCCGUGAGGAGCAAACCCUGAAUGUGACGGCCGAGAAAACACCGUCGUCGGCGUCGGUCGCCAUGGUCCCGAAGGAGACGUACAUGAUGAAGGCAAACCUUGUGGCAGCCCCAUCCAUUGCUCCAGUCCCUUUGAUGAAAUCGAAAGAACAUGUGCAGUUCCAUCCGCCGACGCCUACCGAAAAACAGGCACCCGUAUCGUUUGAGGUCGGAGAAGCGAAGAGCAGUAUCACUUCGUCAUUGGAGAAGAUUGUCGUCCAUAAAGUUGGAGAAUCACCACAAGAGGGGCAGAAUGGGUCAGACUUUAAUGCGCAGCCAAAGACAGAAAAUACCAAGACGUCAGAUGGAACGCAGCCACCUCAAAAUGGCUUUGACAAUCGCCCUCAAGCUGAUGCAAUUGAAGAAGUCAAGCCCGAGCCCAUCAUCAUUCCGGUCUCGAUGUCUCCAUGUAGAUCUCCAGAUUCUGCCAACGAAAGAGUGAAUGGAACGACCACAUCAUUCGAAGACAAGAAAGAGGUUACUAUGGAAGCAACAGUGACUUUCUCAAAAAGCUUCGACGACAGCUCCACAAAUGAUGUUACGCAAAUUUUGGCCCCCAACCAGCCAUCAUCCGGCGCUACAGGAACGAAACCGGAGGAGCUUGCCCAAAAAGCCCCGGAAACGGGCGACCAAACACCUAAGGUUGCCAGUCAAGAAGGACAGCCACCCGUGGACGAGGUAAACAACAAAAAAGACGAACAGGGCCUGCCGGAGGCUGGGAAAGAUGGCAACACCUCAACUGGGGCAACCAUGAAUGGAACCGCUAUUUCUUCUGAAGUGACUAUUGAAUCGAAGUCGCAAUCGUUCGACUAUGUCGCUUUGGUGAAUGGAUUGUCGACUGGAGAAAAUGGAAAGUCCGAAGUGGUUGGUGGUCUGGUCGCCUCAACGAUCCCAGAAGAGAAGAAGGAUGAAGAAGCUCUUGAGAAGAAAAUCAAUCUUCCAGUGCUGGCUUGUGAGCUCCGAAAAUGCCCAGAAGAUGAAAAAACUGAUGGCCAGACUGGCCUGCAGGCUAAUCAAGACAAGCCAUCCGACACGGAUGCUUCGCCAUUACCUGCUGCGAUUUCCGACAUUGUUUCGCACAAGCCGGAUUUCAAUGAUUACAAGAGUACAGAAAUGACUACUGUAGUGACCAUGGAUAGAAAAGAAGAGAAGUCGAAAUACGACGAUGACGACGAGCUUCCUGAAAGGCCGCGAAGCUCUGCGGAUCUGAUUGCAGCCGCCCAGGCCGCUGCUGCGGAGCUGUCUGCUUUAUCGCAAGCAGCCGAGCACGAGCUUCUGCAAUACAGAAGAUCUGAGUCAAGAAAAGCAUCCGUCGGAGCUGGGGACAGCCUUCGAAAGCGUGAUGAUUCUCUGUCGGACAACUCCGCGCAAAACUCUACAGCUUUGGAUGUGACUCCCCAGAAUUCAUUGGCCGAACCGAUUCCAGAAUUGCCUACUGAUGAGAAGCGGAUCAGUGCAAUUUCUGCUGAAGCCGAUGCAUUAAGAGCGGCUAUCGAGGCUGCCAAUAUUCCAAUCGUUGCCGAUGACAAGCCAAAAGUAGAAGAACCGGUUGAGAAGAAGGUUGAUGAGGUGGAAGCGAAGAAGCCCGUCGAAGAAAUGGAUAAUUCCGUAGAAAAGAAAGACGGUGAGGUCAAAACUCAGCCCGAUUCUACUUUGGAAGAGCCUAAAAAACAAGACCAGGCCGAACAGCAAGCUCAAGCUCCCCCCUACGCUUCCUUGGUUGGUGGCCUAAUCACCACCGAAUCUGGCAGCCUGCAGGUUGUCGGCGGAUUGGUGCUGAUCCCGGUUACCAAGCAAGCGCAACAAGAAGAACUUUUGGUGCAAAAACCGAAAGAACAGGAGGUAGAAACUAAAGAACCGGAGGAGGUUCAACAAGACGCCAAUCCGAUCGAGGGAGCACAAGGUAAUGACCAAAAGCCGCUGGAUCAGGUUCUGGCAUCCAACGCAAACGCGUCGGAUGACAAAAAGGCGGAUGACUCAACGAGCGGUCAUCCCAGCGGAGAAGCCCCAACCAUCCCGGAGUCUUUCCUAGAGCUCAAGCACAAGGAACCCGAACACAACGAGCUUCCCUUUGAAUGCACAGCGCCAUCCGAACCUUCCCCAAGCUCUGGCGAUGUUGAUGAGAAGAAAGAAGAGACGGCGGUUGGUUCAGAACAACAGAAGACCGAGGAACCAAAAGUUGAAUCCGGAAAGAUGACUCCACCCGUGAUCCCAGAGAUUAUCGUGGAUCUCGCCCAUAAGGAGCCCGAGCACACGGAAUUGCCCUUCGAGGCGGUUGCCCCGUCUGAACCGUCACCGGCUGUAGGAGGUGACGAAAAGCAGGAAAACGCGGACGCCAAACCAGAUGACGCCCAGAAAACAGAAGCAGCAUGUGGCAAUGAAGCGCAAAAAGCUGAUUCUGGCAGUGAGGUCAACCAAUCCGCACAAACAAGCCAGGAUAACGAGAAGUCGAACGACCAGCCAAGCACCGACAUCACUGUCAAUGCUGACGUGACGAUUCAACGAGUCGAACCGAAGCCCAUAGAGGCAGAUCAUAAAAAUGAAGUCGCUUUGGGAUCAGCGGACUCUCCGAAGAAUCCUGAAUCGGCAGAGAUCAGCGUGGAAUCCUUUGACGCAAAACCAGUCGAAGCUAAAGAGCAGACUGCAAAACCCGAAGAAAAACCAAGUGAUGAUCCAAAGGAGCCAUCGAUUCAUGUUUCUGAAACUCCAAAGCCCUCUGAGGACGAAAAGAAGCCAUGCGAGGAAAAGCCGACCGAAUCCGCCGACGCCGCCAAGGCCGAGCAGCGAGAACAAGAACAGAAGUCAGCCGUGGAGGUCCAGCCGGAAUGUUCCGGUGCCGAGGCCUCUGCAUCUGCGGAAAAAGCGCACUCUGAUGAUGAAGUCAAGCUGAGUGAGUCGAUGUCAGCUGAGCCUUCGACUAAAUCAAAGCUCGCAGAAGCUGGUGAGAAAGCGACCGAGGCGGUGGAAGCUAACAAAGAUGAGCAAAAGCCAUCCGAAAAACUGACGGCCCAGGAAACAAAGCCGGCAGAGAAAAAUGUUGAGCCCAAGGCUGAAGAAUCGACGGCUGCUACGGAAGAUAAGCCUUCAGUUCCCGUCGAGUCCAAACCAUCCGAAAAUACUUCUUCUGAUACCUCGACUGACAAGAAACCCGAAGAAAAACCGGCCGAGGAAUCGAAGCCAGUGGAAGAACAAAAACCAGCGCAAUCGAUUCCGCAAGCUAAAGAAGAGCAGCCGACUGUCAACGAGGCGAACAAUAUUGCCUGGAUUUCUGAUGCCGAUGACGCGAAGCCAAAAGUGGAGCUGCAAGGAGCCGCCGAAGAGUCAAAGCCAACCCCGUCUGCUUUUCCGGACGAUGGCAUUGAAUGGAUUUGUGACGAUGGUAAGAAGAAGGAUCCUGAGCCUCAGGCGCCUGUACAAGAGAAGGUGCCUGAACCGGCAGAAGCUGCACCGGUUGAAAGUGCCAAACCGGCAGCUAUGAAAGAGGAACCAAAAGAAGAGGCGAAGACAACCCAACCAGCAUCACCAAGCGAUUUGGAACAAGGCUGCGAGAAACUCCGAGAAGUCCCAACAAUUUGCGAAUCGGCACCUACUCCCUCGUCUCCUCCCAAAGAUGAUAAUCACAUCAACUUUGACAUCGAUCAAUAUGAAAAGAAGAUGAACGAGAAGACGGAAGAGAUGAAGGCUUUGGUCGAUAAACUUUUCGACAAAUCUCAACAGGCGAAGAAGAACAAUGAGGCGCUCGCCAAGAUGGCCCUCGAAGUUGCGGCUGAUCCGCCAACCCAGCAUCACAAGAAGCGAGUGAGCUUCGAUGCUAUGGCAUUCGGACCAAUUGGUGGAGGGUUACCUUCCAACGUCGAAUCUGUAAUUCUUGGCCGAAAUGUGCUGGUCCAUCCAACUGGAGUAGAUAUUUUGCCCGAUGGAAAUAUUCUGGUGACUGACAAAGAAAGGGGUAUCUUCCUCUUCUCAAUCGAAGGCGAAAUCGUGAAACAUCUGCAAAACGAGAGCUGGAAGGAGCCAUGUGCUCCAUAUGCCCAUCGAAGCUACGUUUUGCUCGUUCAAUCCGUCCGAAAUGGCGAUGGUUUCUGGGAGCGAAUGAUUUGCAAAUUUUCCUUGGAUAUGAAUCUGAUUUCGAGAAUUGAAUGCCCCAUGUGGAUCAAGGAAAACAUGCCGGUGGUGGUGUCUGAGAGGAUUUGUGUGUCGCCAGCUGAGAAUAUUUAUUUGACGGUUAAUGCUGAUACAUUCACGGGCCUCUACGAGCUUACCCCUGGCGGGCAAUGGACCGAGCUGGACUACAAGCUGGACGAGCGGUUUACGGAUAUCUGCGCUUUUUGCAUUGUCGGGCCGGUGACGCAGAUUUUGGUUAUUGAGGGCCGUAAAAACUACGUUCAUCUAUAUUCAAUCAUCAAUGGACAAGUUGCGGAACGGCGGAAGCUGGGGGUCGUCGAGAGGCCGGGCGCAAUUACACAGGAUGAAGAAGGAAAUUUGUUUGUUCUAAACAAAGCUGCUGCCUGUAUCUUCACCGUUGAUACCCUGUCUUGGUGCGCUCAUAAAGCCGUGACUGUUGUCGAUCAAGUUAUUACACAUUUCGCAUGCUCACGUGGCCUCAUCGCGGUCCCACUUCGGGACUGUCUUGAUUCACCUGAAGCCAAGGGAAAUGGGGAUUGUCGUAUCGAACGGAAAUUGAAGAGUCCAAUGAUCAUCGGCGGCACGCCCUGGCCCGCCUGGAAGAAAACAACUCACGAUGUA